AUGGCGGCGCGGGCCCGGAGAGCGGCGCCGGGCACCGAGUGAAGGAUGAAGAAGGAGGCGAGCCGCGGCAGCAGCAACGCCAGGCCGAGGCGGACGCGGCUCCACCCGAGCCCGGGGCUCGCCGGCGAGCGAGGAGCUGGCCCCGGGUUGACUCCCCCGGCCCGGGCUGGCAGGCUGAGCCGAGGCUCCAGGUCCGCAGCUAGGCCCUGGGCCCCUGAAGAAAUAUCGUCGAAUAAAACUCCUAAGAGGAUAUUGAAAAAGCAACAGCUCAUUGCAAAUCACAAUUCCCCUGUCAAUGACAAUGAGUUACAACAGGAUAUUUAUUGGGACCAACACUCUCCAACCACAUUUAAAUUGGGCAUGGAAAAGAAGUCUGUGACUGGGCAACAUGUAGUGGAAAUAUCUGACAUUGUAAAGCGUAUUGCCCCACAGCGAUCCUCUGAAGUGCCUCUGAACCUAUGGCUUGGUGAGGAUGCAAUCCAGUGUAGCCCCACCAUUUCUUUUCGAGAAAGGAUCAAAACAAAUAAUUCAAGAUUUCAAAGGAGCACAGAUGAAGAACUGAUGAAGUUAGCAAAAGAAUUUGACCGGAAUAUGGUGGAACAAGAUGUUGGUUAUGGUCAGGAAGCCAGUGGAGUUAACUGGACUUCAGAUUCUGCGGAUUGGGAACAGACACUGGGAACAGAGCAACUGAAUUCUGACUUUUCAGCAUUUGAACAGAUACCUGUGACUGCAAUAGCUGGGCAAGUUACAAAUGGUACAGGCAGCACCGUUCCUGUACUUGAGCUACACAAUCAGAACAGUAACGAGAAACCACUAGAUCUAGAAGCUGAAGCUGCUGUUAAUGCUUUGUUUGAUGGACCCACCCAACAUACUAGUCGACCUCUGAGUCAGGGCCUCUCAGGCAGUGACACUCCAAGUCCAAAAGUGGAGGAAUCCUCUACUUCCAAAGUAGUUUCAGCACCUGCACAAGAUGGUCUAGAGCCUGACAAAUACAGCACUAAUACAGCAGUAGUCGAUCCGGUGACUUCCUGUCUGACUGGUAAGCUACCUAGCGACCUUCAAGCAUCAAAGCCAUUGGGAAUAGAUGCAGGGAACAGUACUUUCAUUGACCACACUGCAAGCUCCAAGCACGACACAGAUUUUGCUUGUGAAGCCGUCACCACAGGUGGUGAAUUGGAUCAGCAAAAAGAUACUAAUACUCGAUUCAUAGGUAAGGCAGGAGCACUUUGCACAUCUGAAAUUAUUCCAGAGGAUGAUGGGUUUGAUGACUGGGAGAAUGAUGACUGGAUGGCAGAGGACUCUUUUAUAAUGCAAAUUACACAGAACCCAGAGCUUAUUGCCACGCCCAAAGAAUGCAAGCAUUUCCCGAACCAAUCAGGUCACACCUUGGCUGCUACUAACCAAAAUGGUACAAACAAAUGUAAUGUUUUGACCAAUUUGGAGGCUGCUCCUGGCACCGUGCCAUCUUCAUCCUUUUUGCAGCCGUUGCAAGGCCCCGUUCACAAAUGUAAAGACUCUGAGAUGAUGGCUGAAGCUUUGCAGUUUGCAAGAGGACCUGAGAGACCAAAGCCAAGGGCUACCUUUGCACUACAGAGCAAAUCUAAAGAUAAGAUGAGUGAGCAGGCACCUCAUGACAAAAUUCAACAAAGCAAUGCGUUUAAACCUGUGGUUAAUGUAUUUAUAAAAAAUGAACAGAGGAAUUCUGACGUUCCAAGACCUCAGUGCAAUUCUCAUCUGUUUAACGUACCUCAAAUGGAAUCAAGUUCCUUUACUCUCACAAAACCUUUUAAUCAACAGACAUUGUGCAAUGGUGGUGUACAGAUGAGUACAAAGGAUACCCUUGUUUCCACUGGCAGUUCAGUGCUUCCCAAAUCCCUUGAUCAUUUGGGAUCUGGAAGACCCUGUAGUCCUGCUUCACCGAGGAAGUUUGGUACCUUGCUGCAGAGUGCUCCACUUGCAGUGUCAACUGACGACUGGAAUGAUGAAAACUUCUCUGAUGAAAUUCAAAAUAUGUUUAUCGAAUUGGACAGUCAGUGGGGACCUAGUGAUGAUGAUGAUGAUUUGAACAGGAUGUGUGAUGAUGUAGAAAAGCAGAUUCAAAGCCAGGACUCUGGGGCAGCUACGAUCAGUGAGGCUACCGAACUAAACAGAGUAAACAGCAACCAGUCUUUAACAAACAAUGUUAUUUUGCCUUUGAACAUGCAAAAAAAUCAGUUUACUGAGAGCUUGGAUGGACAGCAAAAGCAUUUAAAUUACAAUCAGUCUUCCCUCAUGUCAGAAAGCAAAAUCUCUAAAGGACAGUUAGCAGCAAAACAAAGUAAUGCACCUUCCGUGAAGCAUUUGCUAAGGCCCAGAGAUUUGACAUGCCUGGUGUGUUCUGCAGCUACACUCCCUACACAAAGCCAUCAUUUGAAUUCCCUAAGCAGUUUCCAGGAUUGCUGUUUGUCAAGCACUACCAACACGUGUGCAGUGAAUUUGAACAGAUCCAAAUUUGUGCCUGGCUCUGGAAAUAGUGAUGGCAUUUCAAAUUUGCUUCGGGCUUCAAUCAGUGCAAACUUUGGCCAUAGCCAGAAACUUUCUACAUGUACUGUAACCGUGAAUCACACAGCCCCCAAAUCACAGAAUACUGCUGGCACUCCCAGGACUCCAAGGUUUAACUUCACUAAAAUUAUGGAUUCGUCUGUGAUGGGUGUUCAGGGAAACACCAGCAGUCAUGUAAUGCAAAGGGCAAAGACUUUUGGCAACAGAGAUCAUGUGAAAAGCCCUGUGGAAAGAAAUGUUCAGUCAACAACAUUUUCUACAGUGACGCGAUAUCCAGCAGCACCUCUAAAGAGACAUUUUUCUGAUUCUUCUUUACAGACCAAAGUUUUGGAGAAGCCAGUAACAAAAUGCUCAUUGCAAGAGAUUGAACAGAAGAAAUUGGCAGCAUUGGCUCGGAGGAAGAUGAAAAUGCAAGCUAUCGAUGCUCGUUCACCACCUACGUGACUUUGUAGAACCAAGGGAUGAUUGGUUACUAGAGGAAUGUGAUGAAGGAGAUCGUAGUCAGCUGAAAGAGUAUACAUUUUCUUUCCAGAGGAUCAGCUGUGCAUCUUUUUCUCUGCAAUGUAGCUGGACAAGUGAAUGGAGGCUUGUGUUGGCUUAUGAGAAAGCAGGUGUGUUUACAUUAUAAUUACGUUAUUAAAAAGUACAUUACAGUAUUUCUCCCAGUAGUCUGUUUCUAAUAUCAUGACUUAAAAAUCUUUGCGUUUUUAGUGUCACUUUUUCUUUUCAUCCCUCUUUGCCUUAAUUCAAGACUUUGAUCCUCGCUGUGUGUGCUUUGUGACUAUUGGAUUGUAAAAAGCAUUUCAUCUCUUCCCAAACUAAUCUGAGACUAGUACAAGCAGUUCCAUUAGGAGUGGGGCUCUCAACUGGUCAGGAAAAGGAACCCUGGAUAUUUUCCCCCCUUUAAUGUAGUUUCACAAAGGCUUUGGAUUGAAGCUGACAUGAUCUUAAUAUUUGUGGCUGCAUCACCAAAGGUCCUAUCUGUAAACUUUCUAGAACCAUUUAGUAUUUUGCUUAAGCGUGAAACAAAGUCCUAAGGUACAUUUUCCUAGAAUAAUAACCAGUCAUUGCAAUCUUCUGCCACUUUUUCCUGAUUUAAUUUCAACAAUUGGCAGCUUCAACAAGCAUCAUUAAAUUAGUCUAAUGCAAAUGUUCUGUCUUUUUGCAAAUAAGUGACUUGUUAUAAUCCAAGGGAUUCUUAUUGUAAAAAACUGCUAAUGCUUUGUACUGGUUUUAAUUUCUUUGUUACCAUUUUUUGCUUUUUUACUGUUAGUUUGGUAGUGCACUUUUGAACAUUGCUGAAGAAAGACAUUUUAGCAAAGUUUGUUGGCUUGUACUCAUCAGAACCAUUCACAAGAAAAUAAAAUGGAGCAACAUUUUAUACUGUAUGAGAACAGCAUGCUGAUUGGUUGGAAAGAAUCUACUUUCGAGACAGUCAGCACUAUCUUCUUAUUGUGUACAUAAAAUGUUGUUCCCCUUUACCUUGUAUUUCUUGUGAAAUGUUCUGAUAAGUGCAAGACAAAAAUAUUUCAGUAAGUUUUUUUUUAAGCAAUGUUUGUGUUUUAAGCUCACUGGGAUUCAUGUUUCUCAGGCAAAUGAGUAGAACCCAAACAUUUCCUUGUACACUAUUUGAAUGUUGCCAUUAACCCAUUAUCAGCCCAAAGUUAUACAUUGAUGGAUCAUGCAAUAAUGCUAUGUCUUUGUUCUGGUUUUUUGCUAAUGUGUCAAUUACUAGAAAGUUAAACUCUUUCAAUUUGACUUAACUUCCAACUGAGCUUUCUGAAGACUCCAUUCUGUUAUGCAGACUUGGGAGAGUAUUUAAUUUGGUGUCAGGAUACCACACAAAUAAAGCUCUUGUGACAUUUUAAUUCUGUCUUUGUUACACAAUGUGGUUUAGAUGGAAUAACGUUGUCAAAUCAAGAUUUUGCUGUAUAAAAAAAAUUCUAUUUUUUUCUAACCUACCUCAGAACAUGGACAUUUAUACUUGAUUCUGGCUAGUUGUUGCUUUGCAGUUCAGCUGAUAAUUACUGCUUUCUGAUGAUGUAUUUAUACGAAAUAUCAUACCUUUGUAGUAAAAUUUUAAUUUUAUUUUGUUUAAGUUGUUUGCACUACUCUGUUAAUGUUAGAAAACCAGAUCCUAAAAUGACAUCCGAGUUCAAUAGUAUCGAUCUGAUCUGUACCAUAACUAUUUUUAGGUUUCUAUUGGCCUAUGUACAUUCUGUAAUACUUUGGCAACUGUACAUAUGUAAGUAUUUAUGUAUACCUGGUGCUUUUUAACCAGUGUCUAGACAUCUAAUUAAAAACAAUUGAAGGA